UUUCAGUAGCACCUCUCUGUUUUUGUUUAUUCUAUUGAUCAUAUCAUGGCCACUGGAGGAACUGGGAGUGCUAUUUCAUUCUCCGGAAGCCCCUGCAUUACGUCCGAGAAACUAAAUGGCCAAAAUUACUUAUCUUGGUCCGCUGCCGUCGAGAUGUGGUUUCUCGGUCAAGGACACCACGAACACCUUGAAAAAGAUGGCAGCCACGUACCCUCUGAAAAAGCUGAACAGUGGAAACAAGCGGAUUUCAAACUAUGUGCUCUAUUGUGGCAGUCGGUGGAACCACGACUUUUGAUGUCCCUACGGGCCUUCAAAACUUGCCACUCGUUUUGGAAGCGAACUCAGAAUAUCUAUGCAAAUGAUAUUCAACGCCUCUAUGAUUCGGCGAACAAGUUGGCAUCUAUGAAAAUGACUAACCAUGAUAUGAUGUCAUUCAUGAAUGACGCUCAAGCUGCUGUGGAAGAACUUCGAAUGUUCUUGGAAGUCGACUCUCUAGAUGAAAUGAAGAAAAAGCUUGACAAGUACUAUAUGGUAAUGAUCCUCCGCGCUAUACACCCAGACUUUAAUCAUAUCCGAGAUCAGCUUUUGACCUCUCAUGAGGUUCCUUCCAUGGAAACUUUGAUCUCCCGCAUGAUACGUGUUCCAACUCUUCAAACUCCAGAAACUCUUGCUGUAAUGGAACCAUCUGUCAUGGUUGCCACCCGAGGAAGAGGAGGUCGUGGAACUCGAGAAGGUGGACGUGGAGGUCGUGGGCGACCUCAGUGUACGUAUUGUAAAAGGAUGGGUCAUACCCAAGAAAACUGCUACACUUUACAUGGAUUUCCUGCCAAAACAGCCAAUGUCUCCCAGGCAGAGACUACUGACUCCAAGUUCACUGAGGACGAGUAUCAAGAGUACCUACGCCUCAAAUCCAACAGCUUGGCACAAUCAUCUCAAGCUCCAAGUACAUCAACUGUUUGCAUCUCUCAAUCCAUGGAAGGUCACAAUUCAUGGGUAAUUGACUCUGGUGCUUCUGAUCACAUUUCUGGAGCGUGGCUCGGGGAGACGGAUUGGAGAAGGAUAUGAAGCGGGCGGAUUAUACCAUUUUGGAUCUCGUCCACGUGUGUCAUGUGUUGCAGCCCCCAAUCCUAAAAUGUUACAUGAUCGGCUUGGUCACCCUCACCUGUCCAAGUUAAAGAAAAUGUUUCC